ACACUCACGGUGGAGUGUCAUUUCCUCCGAGUUCGAGCUUUCUCACAGAAACCCUUGUCCCUCCUCCUUUUUCUUAUUCCUUUGGAUCGAAAUUAGGUCAGGGUUUCGAAGAUGGCGACCAUGGAGAGCUUGAUCGGAAUGGUGAACAGGAUCCAGAGAGCGUGCACUGUUCUGGGUGACCACGGUGGCGCUGAUAGUGCAUUGCCUACUCUCUGGGAAGCUCUUCCAUCCGUCGCCGUCGUCGGUGGACAGAGCUCGGGAAAAUCGUCGGUCCUGGAGAGCAUCGUUGGGCGAGAUUUUCUUCCCCGUGGAUCUGGGAUUGUGACAAGGCGGCCGUUGGUGCUCCAGCUGCAAAAGACGGAGGAUGGGCAGCCGGAGUACGCCGAGUUCCUUCACUUACCCAAGAGGAAAUUCACAGAUUUCAGUUUGGUGCGCAAGGAAAUUUCUGAUGACACUGAGAGAUUAACCGGGAGAACUAAACAAAUUUCACCUGUUCCCAUCCAUCUCAGUAUUUUUUCCCCUAAUGUUGUCAAUUUGACGCUGAUUGAUCUACCUGGUCUGACUAAGGUUGCUGUAGAGGGACAGCCUGAUAGUAUUGUUCAGGAUAUUGAAAAUAUGGUCCGCACAUAUGUUGAGAAGCCCAACUGUAUUAUUUUGGCAAUUUCUCCUGCCAAUCAAGAUAUUGCAACAUCAGAUGCUAUUAAACUUGCUAGGGAAGUGGAUCCUUCAGGUGAAAGGACAUUUGGAGUAUUAACAAAGCUGGAUUUGAUGGAUAAAGGAACAAAUGCACUUGAUGUUCUGGAAGGAAGAUCUUACAAACUGCAACAUCCUUGGGUUGGAAUUGUUAAUCGCUCACAGGCAGAUAUAAAUAAGAAUAUUGAUAUGAUAGCUGCCAGACAUAAAGAAAGAGAAUAUUUUGCAACUAGUCCAGAUUAUUCUCAUUUAGCCAGUAAAAUGGGAUCAGAAUAUCUUGCUAAACUUCUUUCAAAGCAUUUAGAGUCUGUAAUCAGAGCUCGAAUUCCAAGCAUUACAUCUUUGAUAAGUAAGACCAUUGAUGAGCUGGAAUCAGAGAUGGAUCAUCUUGGUCGGCCUAUUGCUGUUGAUGCAGGGGCUCAGUUAUACACUAUAUUGGAACUCUGUCGAGCUUUUGAAAAGAUAUUCAAAGAGCAUCUAGAUGGAGGGCGUCCAGGUGGAGAUCGAAUCUAUGGUGUUUUUGACAAUCAGCUCCCUACUGCUUUGAAGAAGCUCCCAUUCGACAGGCAUCUCUCCGUGCAGAAUGUUAGGAAAAUUGUCUCAGAAGCAGAUGGGUAUCAGCCUCAUCUGAUCGCUCCCGAACAAGGCUAUCGCCGGCUCAUCGAAGGAGCUCUUAGCUACUUCAGAGGUCCGGCUGAAGCAUCUGUGGAUGCUGUUCAUUUGGUUUUAAAAGAGUUGGUGAGGAAAUCUAUAGGUGAGACUCAGGAGCUGAAAAGGUUUCCAACUCUCCAAUCUGAAAUAGCAGCUGCAUCCUAUCAAUCAUUGGAGAGAUUCAGGGAAGAUGGCAAAAAGACUGUAGCUCGUCUGGUUGACAUGGAGGCAUCUUAUUUAACCGUCGAAUUCUUCCGCAACCUCCCGCAGGAAGUCGAGAAAGGAGGCAAUCCUGCUAACACGACGGUGGAUCGAUACUCAGAAGGACAUUUCAGGAGGAUUGCCUCGAAUGUAUCCUCGUAUAUAUCAAUGGUAUCUGAAACGCUAAGGCUCACCAUCCCAAAGGCUGCAGUCCAUUGCCAAGUCCGAGAAGCUAAGCGAUCUUUGCUCAAUCUUUUUUACACACAAGUCGGGCGGAAAGAGGGUAAGCAGCUUGGGCUGCUGUUGGACGAGGAUCCGGCGUUGAUGGAACGCAGAGUGCAGUGUGCGAAGAGGCUCGAAUUAUACAAAUCUGCCAGGGAUGAAAUUGAAGCAGUAUCUUGGGCUAGAUGAGGUUGAAAUGCUGUUAUUGUUUUCCACGAGUUGUUUAAUAUAUCUAGAAGCUUGUGUAAGUAAAGCCUUGUGUUUUUGGACCAUUACUGUUUUGUAGUUAUCUUCAGUUUGUGUGCAAUGUCUUGUAUUCUUUUUUAGCUAAUUCAUGAGAAUAGGGGUUGGGGCUUA